AUAAACAAAGACAAAUCUAAGCACGCGCACUUUCUCUCUCUAGAAUCGAGUCUGAGUCUAACCGCUCACUGUGUGAAUAUCUCAGUAGUUGAGUCUUUGUCUUGUCUGCUGCUAAACCCUAAUUAAGCCAAGGGGAGCUGCCUGUGUGAAUCACCCUCUCCAUAUUCGUGAUCGGAGUUGGGUUCGAUUAAUUGCGGGAAUAUGGAGAGAUCCGACGGCAAGGAUUUCAACCACUACACCGACUUCACAAGCAGCUCGGCUUCUGGUGGUGCAAUGUUUGACGCGUCACAGUAUUCGUUUUUCGGUAAGGAUAGAAUGGAUGAAGUGGAAUUGGGGGGUUUGGAGGAUGAUGAGGAGGUUGGUCGUUCGAUUGGGGGAGGAUUUUGUGGUGAAGACGAAUUGAACGAGUAUCAUUUGUUCCAGAAAGAUGAGGGCUCAGGAGUAGGAUCUUUGUCUGAUAUAGAUGAUCUGGCAACUACAUUUGCAAAAUUGAACAAAGUUGUUUCGGGACCAAGACAUCCUGGAGUUAUUGGUGAUCGAGGGUCUGGAUCUUUCUCUAGAGAGAGCUCAUCAGCCACAGAGUGGACGCGAGACACAGAUAUUCCUGAAUGGUUUGAUCACCAUAUGUCUGACUCAGAAUGCUAUGAAGAAAAUAAGAGAUGGUCAUCACAGUCCCAUCUGUCCUCAUUGUUUCUAUCAGAAUCUAAACCAUUAUAUAGAACAUCAUCCUACCCUCAGCAACAGCCACAGCUGCUUCACGCUUCAAGUGAACCCAUUUUGGCCCCUAAAUCAUCUUUCACUUCCUUCCCUCCACCGGGUUCUCAAAAAACUUCUUUCAAUUUGUCAACUCUUUCUAGUGGAACUCAGUCACCAUUCUCUGCACAGAACAGCUCUUCGCUUUCUAACUCUAUCCUCAGUUGGUCUAGUUUACCUCAAGGGUUCCAAUAUAAUGCUAAUAUGAACUUAAUGUCUCCAAAUACAUCUCAUAAUAAUCAAUUGCAGAACCACUGGAUUAACCAUGCUGGUGUUCUUCACGGAGAUCAUUCAAUUCUCUUAGACAAUAUCCUGCAGCAUCAGUAUCAUAAUGGACUAUUACCUCCACAUUUAUUAUCCCCACAGCAUCCAAUACGACAUCAUUCUUUUCAACCAUCUUUGGCCCAGUUGUCAGCCUUACAAUCUCAAAUGUUUUAUAGCACUCCUUCAUCAGAUUGGUGCAAAUACAGAUUGACUCAGAAGAGCAAGUCAAAGUCUAAAUCAUCACAGAAAGGUAAACAUUCUGUGCGUUUCUCUAAUCAAGGGUCUGAGGCUAGUAUCCAUCGGAGUGAUAGUAACUUUCCACAAAUAAAAUCUAAGCACAUGACUGCUGAUGAAAUAGAGAGCAUACUCAAAAUGCAGCAUGCGCACGGCAAUGACCCUUAUGUAGAUGAUUACUAUCACCAAGCUCGCCUUGCAAAGAAAUCUGCUGAAAUGAGGUCAAAGUAUCGUUUUUGCCCAUCCCUCCCUCGAGAACAGUCUUCUCGAUCCCGUAGUUGUACUGAAUCACAACCACAUCUUCAGGUUGAUGCUCUUGGAAGGGUUUCUUUUUCUACAAUUCGCAGGCUUUCCCCUCUUCUUGAGCUUGACCCCCCUCCUUGGGCAUGUGGAGAUAGUGGUUCCGAGCAGAAAAUAUUCGAAAAACCUCUGGAGCAGGAACCGAUGCUUGCAGCAAGAGUAACAAUUGAGGAUGGGUUUUCUCUCCUUCUAGAGGUGGAUGACAUUGAUCGUCUUUUACAAGCUACUCAACCUCUGGAUGGUGGACACCAGUUAAGGCGAAAGCGCCAUACCCUUUUAGAAGGAUUAGCUGCCUCUCUGCAGCUAGUCGACCCACUUGGAAAAAGUGUAAAUUCAGUCGGCCUAUGUCCCAAGGAUGAUAUUGUGUUCUUAAGGAUAGUGUCUGUUGGCAAGGGCCGAAAACUCAUUUCAAGGUUUCUUCAGCUUCUACUACCUGGUAGUGAACUUACUCGAAUAGUAUGCAUGGAUAUCUUCCGCCAUCUAAGAUUUCUGUUCGGGGGCCUACCAGCUGAUGCAAAAGCAGCCGACACCAUCAAUAACCUUGCUGAAACAGUCUCCAUCUGCAUUGGCGGUAUGGAUCUUAAUUCCCUUAGUGCUUGUGUUGCUGCAGUUGUUUGUUCCUCCGAGCAGCCGCCUCUCCGUCCUAUCGGCAGUCCUGCUGGAGACGGUGCGUCGGUCAUCCUGAAAUCCGUGCUAGAAAGAGCAACUCAUUUACUGAGAGAUCCUCUGCCAGCCAGCAACUUGAGCACUCCUAACCGCGCCCUUUGGCAGGCGUCGUUCGAUGCCUUCUUCGGCCUCCUGAUGAAAUACUGUGCCAGCAAGUAUGAUAGUAUAGUGCAGUCCCUAAUCUCCCAAGACAAGUUGGAGAUCGGGUCGGAGACUGCAAGAGCCGUAAGUGGGGAGAUGCCGGUAGAGAUUCUACGCGCUAGUGUAUAUCACACAGACGAGAGACAGAAGAAACUGUUGCUGAAUUUGGCACAACAGUCGAUGCCUGCCACCGGUGUUAGCUCGCAGGGUGGUGGAAGUGGUGGACAAGUGAAUCCUGAAACGGUGAAAGGGUAAGUGAGCUGUGAACUGUAAAUGCUUUGCUCUGCCUCCCUUGUCACUGUUGCUGCUGCUUUUGGGGUUUGGCAGAAUUUUAGUGCCAACAAAUUUGUUGGAGUGAUGCCUGCUCUGAAGUCUUCAUUUUCUAUUAAUAAAUUUGUUAAAAACACUGUAUAAUGUCAAAAGCUCUAUUUCUAGUAUUUAAUUAUUAUUAUUGUUUCUAUUGAGUCUGUGUGUAAAGUAUGAAACUAGCAUUUUCAGGUUGAUUGUACAGGGAUCAUCAUUAAGAGAAGGUUUGAUAUUAGAGGUCUCUCUCUAUCUCAUAUGUA